UACUACAUUACCGGACAAUCACAAUCUACCCCGCGGAAGAAUAUCACGUGUGGAAAUGGCAGUCAAUGGACACCAUCUGUGCCAUCUUGUUCACACAUACAUUGCACCGUUCCAAGGCAGACUGGUGGAUUAAGAGUGACCAACCCUGGAUCUACUGUUCACUACGGAAUAGUAGUGAAUGUACAAUGUGAUGCUGGUUACUACAUUACCGGUCAAUCACAAUCUACCCCGCGGAAGGACAUCACGUGUGGAAAUGGCGGUAAAUGGACACCAUCUGUGCCAUCUUGUUCACAGAUAUAUUGCACUGUUCCACAUCACAUUCUUCGAUUAAGAGUGGUCUACCCUGGAACUACUGUUCUCCGCGGAAUAACAGUGAAUGUACAAUGUGAUGCUGGUUACUACAUUACCGGUCAAUCACAAUCUACCUCGCAUAAGAAUAUCACUUGUGGAAAUGGCGGUCAAUGGACAUCACCUGUGCCAUCUUGUUCAAGAGUGGUUUGCCUAGCACCUUUCACAGACGGGCGCAAAAGUAUCAAGCACGGAACAGUCCGCAGUUCUUACACUCGUUGGUUGCUUCGUACCUCACAAAAAUGGUCAUCCUCUGAAAGACGUUGGAUCAGCAACUAUUUUGCCCGUGUUCCAUUUGCAGACAGUGUGACCUUUACAUGUUCAGCUGGCUAUUAUGUAACAAACUCAACAAGCCAGAUGAAGACACAAGAGACUGUGCAGUGCAGAGUUGACGGACAAUGGUCGAAACCAAUCCCAUCUUGUUCAGCAAUAUCGUGUGGAAAGCCAAAUAUUACCAAUGCUGCUUGGAUACAAUACACGAACAUCACCUUUGGAAGCAAUGCAACUGUGGAGUGCAUGUUCGGUUACUAUUGGUCACACAGCACAUCUGAGACCACCCAUAAUGGCACCAUUACAUGUCAAGAAAACCUCCAGUGGUCAGAGGGCUACUGUGAAGGGGUGGUUUGCCGAGCAACUUUCACAGACGGGCGCAGGAGCAUCAAGCACGGAACAGUUCGCAGUUCUUACACUCAUUGGCUGCAAUUAUGGUCAUACUCUCAAGUACGUUGGAUCUGGAACUAUUCCGCUCGUGUUCCAUUUGGAGACAGUCUGACCUUUACAUGUUCAGCUGGCUAUUAUGUAACCAACUCAACAAGGCAGAUGAAGACACAAGAGACGGUACAGUGCAGAGUUGACGGACGAUGGUCGAAACCAAUCCCAUCUUGUUCAGCUGUAGAAUGCCCUGUACCAUCUACAUCGCACUUCAAUGGAAACACAUCGCUGUUUCCACGCAAGGAGUACUACAGAUAUGCCUUUCGCAGUGGUGCCAUAAACUACGAAUGCAACCCCGGAUAUCACAUCACUGGGCAAGAAAGCAAUGUCACAAUCAUGGGAGUGAAGUGCGAAACUAGUGGAAAAUGGUCACACAAAACAGGGGACAUUAGAUGCGAACCAAUAUCGUGUGGAAGGCCAAACAUUACCAAUGCUGUUGGGAUAGAAUAUACGAACAUCACUAUUGGAAGCAAUGCAACUGUGGAGUGCAUGUUCGGUUACUAUUGGUCACAGAGCACAUCUGAGAACACCCAGAAUGGCACCAUUACAUGUCAAGAAAACCUCCAGUGGUCAGAGGGCUACUGUGAAGACUAUAAUGAAUGUGCCAACAGCAAUCACACGUGUCAUCAGCAUGCAAACUGCACCAACACCAUAGGAUCAUUCAGCUGCACAUGCAACCCAGGAUAUGUUGGAAAUGGGCACACAAUCUGCAAUCCGAAACUGGAACUAUCAUCCGCAGAGUCCAUCAGCGCUGUCGUGAUCUUCGGAAAACCCGACUCAUCGAGCCCCUGGAAUGCUACGAAUAUCUACACAAAUAUCAACAGGAGUACAGUGAUCAGGGAGAAUGAGGAAGACGAGCCAUUUGCCUUGAUUGCAUAUCCAAAAGAGACUGCAGAGAGAAAGGUGCCAACGGUGCUCUUCCAGGAUGUAAACACUUCUGAAUCCAAAUGGGUGCGGAACGUCACAGAGACACCUCUGAACUUUGUCACAUUCCAACCUGAAAGAGAAAACGUCACCAUUCAUUUCAUCACACUGCCUUGGAAGACGUUAGAGACUGUUGAAGGUGAAGGCAUCGAGCACCGUGCUAACUAUCGUCCAUUCCAGCUAAACUGCUAUCGAAAGCCGCAUGUUUAUGCAAACUGCUCAUGGGAUGAAAGUGCGCUGAACGCCAAUAACAGCUUCACUGUAUCGCUAAAUCAGGGCCAGCAAUAUGAGUUCCAGCUCUUUCGCGUACACAGGAACAGCACUCUCGACAUUCUGACUGUACCCGAAGGCAACAGUUCCAACGGUCAUGAUGUGCAACGGAGGCCAAGAAACAAGAGAGAUAAUUCCGUCAUGGAUGAUGUCAUUGCGGCGGAUGGUUACACGCUACCAGUUCCUCUUGUCGUUCCUUUGGCAGAAAUACUUUGCACUGUUCCAAGGCAGACUGGUGGAUUAAGAGUGACCAACACUGGAGCUACUGUUCUCCCCGGAAUAGCAGUGAAUGUACAAUGUGUUACUGGUUACUACAUUACCGGUCAAUCACAAUCUACCACGCAGAAGCAUGUCACUUGUGGAAAUGGCGGCCAAUGGACACCAUCUGUGCCAUCUUGUUCACAAAUACAUUGCUCUGUUCCAAGGCAGACUGGUGGGUUAGGAGUGACCAACCCUGGAUCUACUGUUCUCCACGGAAUAGUAGUGAAUGUACAAUGUGUUACUGGUUACUACAUUACCGGUCAACCACAAUCUACCACGCAGAAGCAUAUCACUUGUGGAAAUGGCGGUCAAUGGACACCAUCUGUGCCAUCUUGUUCACCAAUCAUAUGUCCUGCUCUACCUCCCAUAUACAACGUUCAAUCCGGUAACAUCACUAUACGCAGCAACACCGAUCACUACUUCAAAGGCUCAACACUGCAUAUCACAGUGGGUAGGUAUCUGGGCAUCGUCAAUUUUCACUGCAAGAGUGAGCCUUUCCCUGAGGACUACGACCCAAGAGCUGGCUUGUGGGUAGAGUGCGGGGAAAACGGCACAUGGUCAUCCCAGAAUUUGAGCUGCAUUGGAGAGAAGGAAGUGGGCAAGCAACAAGACUCAAACGUCACUACCCUAAAAAUGGCGAUUGACAGUGCAGUGAGUCAAGAUGAAGUCCGAGGGUUUGCUACAAAGCUACAGCAGUUAUCUGCCACAUCGCCAGGUGAUCUGGUGACUGCUAACGGCGCCUCACUCCUCGCGUCUCUGGUGAAUAAAUCCAUCCGGGCUCAGGUGGAGUCCGCCGGCAAUGGAUCAGGAUCGGAGUUUGUAAACACGGUCACACGCAAUGUCGCCACAACCGUUAGCAACCUGAUGGAGAACGUUCCUCAAGACGCUCCAGGCAAUGUCACCCUGUCCAAGGCAACAGCAACAAUCCGCAUAGCGUUGGAAACCUUAAUGGAGGCUACAGCCGUCUCUUUUCACACGCCAUUCCAAGUAUCUUCUCCAAACCUAGCUCUGAGUUGCCAUUGCCCGAGCCAGUCCUACUCUCAGCUCUCUGUUUCUGAUGAAACCAGCAACGACAAUCAUUCAUCACUUACGAUUUUAUCGGGGAGCAAUGGCGAGCCAAGCAUCUUGGCAGGUGUGCAUGUUCCACCGCUGAUGCGAUCAUCCCCUACGAGUGAUCCGGAAAGCCAAAGUGAGUGUGGUCAAGCUUCGCCUGUGGAGAUCAUUGCCUAUCGGACUCCUAUGCUAUUCCGUCCCAGUGGUGAAGACCUGAAGCCAGGAUCUCCAGCACCAGAGGCUAUCCAAAGUGUUGUGCUGAGCGUCAAGUUUCGUGGGCAUGACCACGUGGACCUACUUGGCAACCCGGUCCAGUUGAACUUCACACAUAAAGACAUAGGCGGCACGCACCGCGCUCUGUGUUCCUAUUGGCACGAAAACACCGAAUCAUGGAGGCAGGAUGGCUGUCGGGCCAUCUCUUCCGGCAAAAAUCCAGGAAUGACAAGUUGCGAAUGCGAUCACUUGACCAACUUCGCCCUGCUGUUCGUUCGUGAUGAUGUCAUCACAUCCGACGGGCAUGGCAACGCAGGCAGAGCCCUGGUGAUCAUUACAUACGUAGGCAGCGCGCUGAGCAUCAUCUGCCUUCUGGCCACCGUUGUUAUUAUCCUCUACUUCAAGAAGCUUCGCACCAAGCCGUUCCAGCAGACAGCACUGCAGCUAUCUCUGGCACUCAUCCUCAACACCGUGCUGGUUCUGCUGGUGAUACAGGGACGAGACGAGAACGUGCUCAGCGCCGAGAACGACAGCCUGUGCACCGCUCUGGCCGUGCUAAUGCACCUCAGCUUGCUCAUGGUGUUCGGCUUGAUGGCAGCGGCGGCGGUACACCUGUACCUGAUCAUUGUGAGGACUAAACACGACCAGCGCACCGUACGCCUAGUCUAUGCCCUUGCCUAUGGUACCCCAUUCAUCAUCGUUGCUUUUCCAGCCGGCAUAACAAGACUUGACGCCUACGGCUCGGAAAAGCUAUGUUGGCUAAAGGAUGCAAGUACAUUUUACACCACCGUCGUAACACCGCUCUGUGGCAUGCUGGUGUUUAACUGCAUCAUGCUGACCAGUAUUGCCAAGCACCUGUACUACGUACGCAAGAACCUCAGCUCUCAGAAGCAGGGGCGCGAGAUCAACUUAGUUACCGUGGUGAUAUCCAUGUCGGUGGUGAUUGGCCUGGCUUGGAUCAGCGGCGUGUUGCUUGUGAUCCAUAACACUGUUGCGACGCAGUACAUCUUUAAUCUGCUCGUGAGCACACAAGGCUGCCUCAUGUUCGCCGUACACACGGCACCAUCCCCCGAUGUUCGUCAGGAACUGCUCAAGUCGGUUCACUCGUCCACCGCGUCUUCCGCCUUGUCAACAAAGCGUCGCCGCGGGUCCAAGGGGAAUGGUAGCACGCCCACCUCUUUUGUCCUGGAUCACAUCCGCAGCUUGUCUCUGUUCAGCCGACGCAGCUCCGCGACACUUUCCCAGCCAACCAGUAGCAGUGUUUGAGAGCAUAGUCAGUGCAGUGUGCACUGGUACUGCUCGAAGUCCAGUCCAGUAUAUCCAGUCCUGGGUCUUACAGGUCAUGAGACAUCAGUAAGUACUUACAUAACUGUUACUACGUCUGCUUGGCCUCUGACUGCAUGUUGGCAUACCAGUCAGCUGAUCUUGGAUAUACAGUACAUGCACUUCAGCAAUAAAUUUCUUAUCUUUUUUUGUGCUUGGGUGUACAUUAUACUUUAAAAGCAUCACAGUAAGCUGAAUAUUCCAGCAAUUUCCCCUGACAAGUCUCACCAUGACAUUAUGUGCCCUUUGGGGUUUUCAAUCCAGUGCUUCAUCUUAUGCGUUUACGGCUAAAGUUGGAGUGAACAAAAUAUUUCAUUCUAGCCUGAAUGGCCCAAUUCACGGCAGGGGGAAAGCCGAUUGCCACAAUCUUGUGACUGUCUAUGUAUGAUCUAUGUUAUGCCCUUAUCACGUCAGGUACACGGCCUCAUGUUCCCACAACUAAAUUGCCUAAACUAAAGUGCCUCCUUCCCCAGCGGGUUUUUGUUUAUCUUGGAUUUUUUUAAUUUUCGAUGUUACCUUUUGUCUCAGAGUUGUAGCUGCACUUCUCGUUCAUGCGCAAGAAUACCAAACAUCCAUGAUGAUCUUCUUUGUUUCAAUACAUUUCUGCAAAAAAAUCAUUUCUUUUCUUCACUUCUUUUUGAAUGAUGCCUUGUCUUAAGGAAUGCACAUGAUACAGGAUUUCAAAAGGCUGAAGGAAAUCCUGCAUCUAACUAAUGCCAUAACAUGAGAAUAGUGCUCACCCCUC